AUGUUCCGCGUCGCAUCACGAGCACUCCGAGCUACCAAGCAUCGUCCAAUGAGACUGGUCGAGCCAGCUAGAACAUUCUUUGUGUCUGCAAUACGGACAGAAGGACUCCGACUCAACUCGCUGGACACAUUCACGGAGGAGGAGAACAUGUUUCGUGAUUCAGUGAAGCGCUUCGCGGUAGACGUAGUUGGCCCCAAGGUCCGCGAAAUGGACGAGAAAGAAUCUAUGGACCCAACUAUCAUUCAGGGUCUCUUUGAGCAAGGGCUCAUGGGCAUAGAGACAAGCGUCGAGCACGGAGGUGCAGAGGCCUCCUUUGUAUCCGCAAUUAUUGCAAUCGAGGAGCUUGCAAAGAUAGACCCCUCCGUAUCUGUCAUGUGUGACGUGCAUAACACCCUGGUGAACACUAUUCUGCGCACGUACGGCACGAAGGAGCAGCAAGACAAGUGGUUGCCUUUGCUGUCGGAGUCAAAGCUUGGUUCAUUCUGCUUGUCCGAGCCUGCGUCAGGUUCAGAUGCUUUCGCGUUGCAGACAAGGGCAAAGAAGGACGGAGACCAUUGGGUGAUUAACGGGUCCAAAAUGUGGAUCACCAAUUCGCAUGAGGCUGAAAUCUUCCUCAUCUUUGCCAAUGUCGAUCCAAGCAAGGGCUACAAGGGUAUUACUUGCUUUAUUGCAACGAAAGAGAUGGGCGUGCAAAUAGCCAAGAAGGAAGAGAAACUUGGCAUUAGAGCGUCAUCGACAUGCACACUUAAUUUUGACGAUCUCCGAGUACCAGCGGAGAACAUCAUAGGCGGUGAGGGCAAGGGCUACAAGCUUGCUAUCCAAAUUCUGAACGAGGGUCGCAUCGGUAUCGCUGCCCAAAUGUUGGGCCUCGCUCAAGGCGCAUUUGACAAAGCCGUUCCUUAUACCUACCAACGGACUCAGUUUGGUCAGCCAAUUGGAACCUUCCAGGGCAUGCAGUUCCAAAUUGCAAAGGCUGCAGUUGAGCUCGAAACUGCACGUCUGCUUACAUAUAAUGCAGCACGACGGAAGGAGGAAGGUCGAAGCUUUACGAAGGAGGCGGCAAUGGCCAAGUACUGGGCUAGUCAGGUGGCUCAAAAUGUGAGUGGGUCAGCUAUCGAGUGGUGUGGAGGUGUCGGGUUCACAAGGGAGACGGGGAUUGAGAAAUUCUGGAGAGACUCGAAGAUCGGUGCAAUCUACGAGGGGACGUCAAAUAUCCAAUUGCAAACGAUCGCAAAGUUCAUCCAACAAGAGUACUCUCGAUGA